CCACAGUUCGAGUACUGAAGUCUUUAUUGCUUGGAGUCUAUAAAAAGGCAGUUGCACAGUAAGUAAUUUAAAGGUGGUCAGCUUUGACUCUAUGGAUUUACUAAUUCCUUUCCCUCUAUUUUUUUUUCAUCUUUUGCCACCAAGGAGUCCCCAGCCCCAGAUGUCAGGGGGGCUGAAACUUGGGCUCUCUGGAGGAAACGUUGCAGAUGAGGAAAAGCAGCUGAAGGAGCGGCUCUGGUAAAUAGGCAGGAUCUUCUGCCUUUUGGAAAAUGCAUUUACCACACUCCUUGGCAAGCCCUUCAGAAGGAACAGAAUGUGUUAGCUCCCAGAGAUGAACACAUCCUCUCAAUUCAAUGUUUCUGAACUAAACCUGAGUGCCUUCGGUAGCAACUUUACUGUGCCUACUGCGAAGAACAAGUCAUCACCAUGUGAGCAAGUGGUCAUCUCAGCUGAGGUGUUCCUAACUCUGGGCAUUGUAAGCCUCCUUGAAAACAUACUAGUUGUAUGUGCAAUAGUUAAGAACAAGAACUUGCACUCACCCAUGUAUUUUUUUGUUUGCAGUUUAGCAGUGGCUGACAUGCUGGUUAGUGUCUCUAAUGCUUGGGAGACCAUAACUAUAUACUUAAUAAACAAUAGACACAUCAUCAUGGAAGAUGCCUUUGUCCGUCAUAUAGACAAUGUCUUUGAUUCCAUGAUCUGUAUAUCUGUGGUGGCUUCCAUGUGCAGUUUGCUGGCUAUAGCAGUAGACAGAUAUAUCACUAUCUUCUACGCCCUGCGUUAUCACAACAUUAUGACAGUGAAAAGGUCGGGGCUCAUUAUUGCAUGCAUCUGGACCUUUUGCACGGGCUGUGGCAUUAUCUUCAUUCUUUACUAUGAAUCAACUUAUGUGGUCAUUUGUCUCAUCACUAUGUUUUUUACCAUGCUGUUCCUCAUGGUCUCACUGUACAUCCAUAUGUUCCUCCUGGCUCGUACUCAUGUGAAGAAAAUCGCUGCUUUGCCUGGGUACAACUCUGUCCGUCAAAGAACCAGCAUGAAAGGAGCCAUCACUCUGACCAUGCUUCUUGGCAUCUUCAUUGUUUGCUGGGCUCCAUUCUUCCUUCAUCUCAUCCUGAUGAUCUCCUGCCCUCAAAACCUCUACUGUGUUUGCUUCAUGUCUCACUUCAACAUGUACCUCAUCCUCAUUAUGUGCAACUCGGUGAUCGACCCCUUGAUCUAUGCCUUUCGUAGCCAGGAAAUGAGGAAGACCUUCAAAGAGAUAAUUUGUUGCUAUAGCCUGAGAAUGCUCUGUGGGUUAUCAAACAAAUAUUAAAAUAACAAAACCAAACCAGGGAAGAGACUGGAAAGGCAACAUCUUCCUGCAUCCUGUAAUUCUGGUGAAAUGCCUAUGGAACAUUUUCUCCAUUCAGCUGUCAUGAUUCCCACAGCAAUCAGAAACCUUUUUUAAACAUGUGAUUUUACAUUUCUUUCCCUCCACACACCUCUCUCAUGUUGGUGGUUGGAGCUACUCAGUCCAUCUGUAUUAUCGGGAUAAAGGAUAUUUUGAAUCUCAUUUACUCUAUUGAAGAUUGGCAUUUAUAAGAGGGUUAUACAGGGAAAACCUUGUUUUUAUUUCUGCUAAAUGCAAUGAGUGAGUUCUGCCAUGUGAAUGAACCCACUAGCCUCUCAAUGUGUGUUUCUUUCAGUGUUAUUUCUCUCUCUAGAUAUAAAAAAAUAAUAAAAAUUUAUCUUUCUAAAUAAAAACAAGCAUGGUUUAUUUUGAUGCCCAGAAUUAAGAUGGAAAUUUUUUGCUAUUUCCUUCUGAAGACAUAAAAUCAGAGAAGUAGCUCCAAUUAUCAAGCUCCACGUACCUUGGUCGGUAGUUAUGAUCAAUAUACAUGCACAUAUCAGCAGUCUUGUAUUCCAGUCAUGACUGUUACUGUCAAUAAAAUCUGUACUAUGUAAGA